AUGAUUUGCAAAACCAAGCACUACUUCUUCGAUCAUCAGUAUGAAGUUUAUAUUGUUAAGGAUUAAAUACUUAUUGGUAAAGUAAUAGCUUGUUUAAAUCAUAUUAGUAAAAAGAUUGUGUCAAAUAUAAAGUACCAUUUUAGAAUAAAAUGUUGAUUUCCUGGAUGUUUUAAUAAGGAAAAUUAACUGGCUUUAAAAUUUUGCUAAGAGAAAAAUGGAAGUAAUUUGACAUGAAUAAUGAGAAUUGUUUAAAUUUAAAAAGUAUGGUGGAUGGGAAAAUAGGUUAUCGAAAAAUAGAGUCUCUUUACAAAAUAUUAGACACAGUAGGUUUAGGGAGUUAUAGUGAAGUAUUGAAGUUUCUAAAACAAAGGUUUUGUUAAUCGAAAGCUAUCUUAAUAAUUAGAAAUACAUUGCUAAGAAGAUGGCCAUUAAUUCAAAAAACGUGUAAAGCGUAAAGCGUUUCUAAUUAAUUUAUAGCUCUUCAAUAAUGAAUUAUAUGCUUUACAAAAUCUGAAACAUAAACAUAUAAUAUAGAUGAAAGAGUUUUAUGUAGGUUUUGCUGAUGCUUACAUAAUAAUGAAUUACAUAGAUGGAGAGUCAUUAGCUAAAUAUAUGAGAUACAACAAAAAAAUAAGUAUUAAAGAAAUGAUCAAUAUAUUAAAAGUAAAAGAAAUACAUAUAAUAACAGUAAUUGUUUGAAGCAUUAGAAUACAUUCAUAAGAAUGGAUUUAUACAUAGAGAUAUAAAGCCAGAGAAUAUAUUAUUUGAUAAAGAUCAUAGAUUUUUAACAUUAAUAGAUUUUGGAUUUGCAACGAAGAUAGAAAAGUAAGAAUGUAAUGCAGGGACUCCAGGAUAUAUUGCUCCAGAAAUGUUUGAGAAUGCUUCUUAAACAGAGAAAUGUGAUAUUUUUAGUUUGGGAUGCAUUCUAUAUGAAUUGUAGAGCAAAUUAUAAUUAUUAGAAUAUAUGGGAAGAAACUUUUUUAAGGAAAUUGUUUAAAAGAAAUACAAUUGGUAAAUAUGAGAUGCCAGUAUUCUCUUCAAUUAAAUGAACAUCCUUUACAUAAUUUAUUAUGUAAAAUGCUCGAGAAAGACAUGAGUAUAAGAAUUGUUGCUAAAGAAGGAUUGAAUCUCUUAGAAUAAUAUGAAUAAAGCACUCAAAUUUGA